AUGUUGAAGAAAAAUAAAAUAAAAAAAUGGAAAACUGCAAGAACAAAAAAAAAGCACAAUAAUCUCUUGAGAAUCAGUAUCCGCGAACAACAAUCCAAAAUGUCAGGUGCCUUAGACCAACUAUUGUUAGAAGAUAUUGCAAAAUUUUGCCCGGAGAAAUUCUUGGGGUACAACAAAUGUAUGAUGGAAAACCGUUCAGACCGAAGCAAGUGUGCCCAGGUCCAGCAAGAAUUGUCGGUUUGUAUCAAGACAGGGGUUCCAUCUUUUCAAAGAAUCCAAACUGAUUGUGUCAGUAAACUUAAAGGCUACGAAGACUGUUUGAGAAAGAAUGCAAAUGAUAGACCAACCGACAAGUGCUUUGAAAAUUUACAAGAUUUGAGAAAGUGCGCAACUGGGGCCAUAAAUAUUAAAGAAUAA